AUGGCUUCAAACGCAACUGUUGGUGCAGGUUUAACGGUCGAUCAUGCAGAAAAUACGAAGGAACUUGCGGAAACAUUAACUGAAUUCGAAGUUAACUCUGGUGUUAUCAGUGCUGAAAAUGAACCUAAGGAACUCGCAGCAUCAGAUCGAUUUCAACAACGACUUGAACGUUUCGGAAAGGUCGCUCCUGAAGCUAAGAAAAUUUCUCGUGCAUUACGUUUCGGUACCGCACAUGAAGCCAUUGACGAAACAGCCAAAAAACGACGUUUAGAAAGAUUUGGUGGUGGCACAGCAGUAGUUUCGGAAGGAGAACAAGAAGAAAAAAAGCGUAAACGAGUUGAACGUUUUCAUACGGAUAGUUCAACGCCUGCAAUCGAUGAUGAAACGAAACAAAAACGUAUCGAUCGCUUCGGCAUCGUUACACCAUCAUCAGCGAAAGCGAACAAAAGUUCAACUCCAGCUUUAACAGACACUAUUAAGAAACGUAUGGAACGUUUUGGGGAUGUAUCAGAUGUCGCAAAGGCAAAUACUUUGAACGAACAAAAAGCUAAACGUGCUGAACGGUUCAAGCCAAUUACCAGUGUUUAA